AUGAAAAUAUUAUUUCUACUAUUAAUAAUUAUUAUUGCAUUAUUAAAUUUGGUAAAAUCAAAUAAUUUACCACUACUAAAUGAUUUUCAUCUUUAUAAACCCAAAAUAUUAGAAUGUAUUAGACCAGGUGAAGAAUGUGUUGAUGAACACUUAGAAAGACCAUGUUCAAUGGGUCAUUCUUGUCAAUUACAAAAUGAAACAAUGGCAGAUCAAUUGCAAGAUUCUGAUAGUGAUGAUGAUUUAGUUUAUGUUUGCAAAAAUAGAAAAAGUCUAGGAGAACCUUGUAUUUUUAAUAGUGAUUGUAAACAAGGAUUAAGUUGUUUUUCUCCAAGUGGAAAUGAUAAAGAACAAUAUUGUAUUGAUUAUAAAUUUUCUUAUUAUGGUGAGCCGUGUGAAUUUAAUCACCAAUGUGUUGGGUCAUUAAAAUGCCAAGAUUCAAUAUGCACAAAUACUACACAAGAAUGUAUAGAUAAAUAUGAUUGUCCAAGUGAAUUUUAUUGUAAUGCAAUUUCAAUUUGUGGUUUAAACUACAGUCAGAACGGAUGUCCAAAUGCAAGAUGUGUUCCAGUUAAAACCAUUGGUUCCACUUGUUCGUUUAAUUUUGAAUGUCCAUUAAGUACUGUUUGUGCAGGUGGUAAGUGUAUUGAAAAGUAUAGUUUACAAAGGGGUCAAACUUGUUUUGGUCAUGAUUCUACACCAAAUGAUCAAUGCGAUAUUUCAAAAUCUUUAGUUUGUAAACAAGUGAAACCAAAUUUAAAUGAAUUUAAAUGUCUACCAAGAAAUGAAACUAAAACCUUUAAUUGUAGAUACGAUGGUUGCUUGUAUGAUGAUGAAAUUUGUGAUGGUUCAACAAAUAGAUGUGUUACAAAAGAUUUAAUAAUGACUCCUCUUUGUAAAGAAAGUGAAAAAUCUAGAAAUUUUUGUUAUGUUUCAAAUAAAUGUGCAUUUUUGAAUGGUGAAGAAUAUCCCAACUUAAAUAAAAGGUCAUGUUCUAUGAAAAAUUGCGUAGUUGAAACAAUAGAACACCUAAAGCAAUGUGAUAGAAUCUAUUCAUUAUAUCUCUCAUGCAAUAACAAUAAUAAUAUUUCUUAA